CAACAGCUGAUGCUUUGAAUCACAUCUAUGCUUCGCUUUCAGUGUAUUUUUCUUCUUAUUUACGACGGGAGGUGUUAGGUUAAUAUAAAUGUAGUUUUUUUUAAAAAGUUGACGUGCGUGAAUUAUAUUUUAAUAACAGUGAGCUUAAUUAUCUUGGGUGACUUUACUUGUUUCACGGAUGUUUAUCCUGCUUCGCUAACUUUUACGUGUAAACACCAGUGGAAUCAAGGCAGCUCCAGCAUGGAUUCAAUGGCAGAAGUAUUGGAGGAAAACCUAGAGAAGGUUUUGAAGGGCGAGGGACUGGAGGUGAGAGAGUUUGAUUCAGUUCCUGAACAAGUGAAGCCUGUCACACUGAGGAAAAGCGUGUGUUACAUUGUCGGCGCAGUUAUCUUCAACUCAAAGGAUGAGGUGUUAAUGGUUCAGGAGGCAAAGAGGGAGUGUUAUGGCAGAUGGUAUCUCCCUGCGGGUCGUAUGGAGGAGCGUGAAAGCAUUCUAGAGGCGCUGCAGAGGGAGGUCAAAGAGGAGGCAGGAAUAGACUGCCAGCCAAUCACACUGCUGAUGGUACAAGAACAAGGGCCAAAGUGGGUUCGCUUCAUCUUCCUUGCUGAGGAAACAGGAGGCUCUCUGAAGACAACGGCAGAAGCAGAUUCUGAAUCCCUUCAAGCUCAGUGGUGGGACCGCGAGUCCCCACUUCCUCUUCGGGGACGUGACAUACUGCCCCUCAUCGAUGCUGGGAUAAAAUAUCGCCGAAAUCCCUGGUUCCCUAUGUUACAACCUGUUGACUUCCCAUGUCAGGUUAUCUGCCAAAGACUUUUCCUCACAUUCAUCUCCAGCAACGGUAACACAGACACCAACGAUGAGCACCGUAUGUGGCUGCUGCUGAGCAGCAACGAUGCCACUUCUCAGCCCAGUCUUCCUAUAGCAGUAUCAGUUAAUGCAUUCGACACAAUCCCACGAGCUGCACACAGACUGGUCAAGGAAUGCGUGCCUUCGUCAUCUAUGCAAGUUCACACAUGUGGCAUUCUGGGAGUGCAGCACAAUGGGAGAAUUCCAGGGAAAACAGACGGGAUCUGCUUUAACACGCUUGUGUUGUUGGAAAAUUCAGAGGACGGGGCUGAAAACAGCAGCCUACCACCAUUGGAGGGUGACGCUUACAAAUGGCACGAGGUGACCAAUCAGAGCCUGAGGGCAAAGAUAAUACAGAGGAUUAAAGAGAGUCUGUUCUGCCUCUUCAUAGUCUAUACUGAGGCUCUGCCACCCUAGUAGAGGAUCAGGAUCAGGACCAGAAUUGAACCUGCAUCUUCCACAUGAGCACCAAGGCUCAACGUGUCUAAAGCAUGUUCAGUGGCCAUACACAGUUUCAGAUGUGUGCUUCAUCUCAUCCAAAUAUUAAUUCACUAUACAGCUGCAAUUAUAAUAGGUUUCUUAAAAAUAGGCAGUUCAAGUUCUGAAUAUGUAACCCUUUGCGAAAAGGAAAUGCACUUAAUUAUUGUUUGCACACUUGUAGUGUACUUCAAAUAUUAUAUUACUUGCAGAUAUAAUGUUAAUGAAAUAAGGACACUUAAGUGUACUUUAAGAGACACUUAUUUUGAUGUCAACUAACAUACUAAAAAGUGUUAAGAAUUUUAAGUGUAGUGUUAUUAUAUUUCAAUUUAAUAUAUUUUAAGUGUACUAAAAUGCAACUUUAUUACAAAUGUGUAAUUACGAACACAUUUAAAUGCAUGACAAAAAAAGGUACAAAAGCUGUCACAGGGACAGCACCUUAUUUACCCCUUAUUUUUGCACCUUUUGAAAGGGAACCACCCCAGUUACAGCUUUUGUACCAAUUUUUUCAGAGAGUCUAGUACAUUUGGCAGUAUACUUUAUUUCAAAAACAAUAUAAUCAUGAAGUUACAUAUAAAUAGUUUAUUUAUAUACUAUAAUACAGUUUCAUUAAAAUAUAGAUAACAUGCAAUAAAGUGUCCAAAACAUUGUUUAGUUCACACUUAAGUGUAUUAUUAUAAAGUAUAUUAUUUCUGUAAUAGGUACACUUUUUAAAAAUAUGCUGAAGUGUGUUUUUUCACAAGAGACUCAUACUUAGGCAGGGAAUAGCUGUUGGUCAGCACUGUUUGAUCAAACACAUAGCACUGUCAUAGCACUUCACCUCAGUCAUUUAUAUGAACACUUUAAUACAAAUGGAUGCUGUUAGGAAAAAGUGAAGAGUUUGUUUGCAAAAACAGAUAACUCUGUUUUUAUUAAUUUUCAUAAAUCAUGUUUUUAUUGUGUUAGCAGUAUGUUUAGUUAUUAUUAUUUAAUCAAAACAACCCAGCUGCAGUUUGAUUGAUAUUAAUUGAAAUGCAGCAUAAAAACAUGAUUUUUGAACAUUAAAAAAAAAAAAAGAGUUAUCUGUUUUUGUAAAAGAACUCUUCAAGUCUUGAUACAUGGGUGUAUGUUUGAUGAUAAUGAUAAAUUAUGAUAUGAAAUGAGUUUAGGAAACUUUAUAUCUUAAGUCUGUCUUUGUUGGGUAUUGCAGCCUCAAAGUAUCUAUGUUUAUUUUUAUAUUUGCACAUUAAAAAUUAACUAGUACUGCAAAUAUUUUCACUUUUCACACUAUACUACAGAUAUUAUAGUUUUAAGAGGCCGUGUGGUUGUACAGUUACCUCUGAGAAAAGAGCUCUACCUCCAUUUUAGCCAGUUUGGUUAUUAUUUUAUCAAAUCAAUUAUAUAAGCAAUUCUAAGUUACAUUAUCAAUUCUAAAAUCAAUCAGUUAUUUAUCAUAAUGUGCAUGAGGAAAGGUUUGUUUGCCUUCUGCUUGGAAAGUGUUUGGAAUCACUUUCACACAUUUUAAUAUUUUAUUUAAAGUAUAUAUUUUAAAAGUGUCUAAAACACUAUUUCGGGAAAAAUAACUAAGAUCUUUGCUUUAUACUUUAUAUGACCUAUCCUGCUGUAUA